AUGAUCUUGUGGGUUUUUUUUUUUGGAAAACGUUUUGUUCAUCAUUUGCAUUCAGCUAACCCGCUAAGAAGCUGCUUUUCCAAUCCUUCUUAUCGACAGAAGAUGGCCUCGCAAUCCUCGUGGACGCCAGAUGUGCCUAGCUUGCAACAGCUGGUGCAUAUUUUUACGGGAACACUUUCACCCGAUGCUACGAUCCGUCAAGAAGCAACAACUGCUUUAACUCAAGCUAAAAAUAUUGCUGAUUUUGAUAAUUAUUUACUUCAUAUUCUGCUAUCGAAUGAAAUUGCAGAUUCCACACGUGCAUCUGCAGGUAUUUAUCUGAAAAAUGAUCUCGUUAAAAACUUCAAGUAUAAACCCCAUGAACUCCAAGCCAAUAUUCUACAGUUGGUUCCACAUGGGUUGUUAUCCGAGUCGCCUUUUGUACGACAUAUCACCGCAGGUAUUAUAAGUGCUGUUUUCCGUGCAGUUGGAACUGCGGGCUGGCCUAGUGUUGUUCCUGAUUUAAUUGCCCUAAUUUCAGGUGCUGCAGGCGAAUAUGCAAUUGAUGGUGCAUCUGAAGCUUUACUUUCGAUCUGUGAAGAUUCCAGCAGGAUGCUAGAAUACGAAAUAAAAAACAAUGAUGGCUCUAUUACAGUUCCUAUGCAGACACUAAUCCCAAAAUUAAUCGAAUUAAUCCCAAACUCUCAGCCUUCAAUCACAUCCAAAAUUAGAUCGAGGUUUUUAAAUUGUUUAGUUCACUGCAUUAACGUUGGGUCCAACACCGCUUUGAUCAAUAUUGAUGCUAUCCUCGCUAUCGUGUUUGCUAUGUGUCAAGAGAACAACGGUGACGAGGAGGUGCAAAAGGCUGUUGCUUCUAUAUUCUGUGGCAUUUUAGAGAAAUGGCCAGAAAAGUUAUAUCCACACUGGUCAGGUAUUUUGCAAUGGUGUAUUCAUAUGGUCAAACAAGGUGCAGACUCUGUGGCGCUACAGGCUGAUGAAUUUCUUUUAUCAAUGAGUACAAGUGAAUUGCCAAACCAGUAUAUUCGACCUUACUUAGAAGAUUUAAUACCUGUUUUACUCGAGAAAAUGGUUUAUGAUCUAAAUGACGUUGAGCUGAUGGAAGCAGAGGAUGAGAAGGAUGUCGGUUCUGAGGACAAAGAUGAAGACAUAAAACCACAGACUGCAAAAUCAAAGGAGCAUAAAUUAACUAAAAGAGAUGGUACAGAGUCUUCCGCUUUAUUGAACAAAGAUGACGACGAUGACAAUGAUGAUUCCGACAACGAUGACGAUGAUGAUGAUGAUGGUGAUGAUGACGACUUUGAUAAUACUUAUACCUGGAAUCUAAGAAAAUGUUCUGCUGCUACUGUUGACAUUUUAUCCACUUAUUACCCUGAAGAGGUGUUGCAAUAUUCGUUCCCAAUAAUUAAAGAAAAUAUGAAUGCAAGUACAUGGCCUAUUAGGGAGGCUUCAAUUUUAACUCUCGGUGCUAUAUCAGAAGCAGCUUUGAAUCAUGCAACCAUGCAAUUACCUGAACUGAUCCCUUUCUUAGUUGACAGGUUAAAGGAUGAUCAACCGAGAGUCAGACAAAUCACAUGUUGGACUCUAGGCAGGUACUCGCACUGGGUCUGUUCUGAGGCUCAAAGUGGAGGUUCAUUUGCUAGCUAUUUUACACCUACUUUCCGGGCUAUUAUGGAAUGUGCUUUAGAUUCGAAAAAAGUUGUACAAGAAUCAGCAUGUUCCUCUUUAUCUGAUUUCAUUGAAUCUUCUGAACCACAGCUAUUAUCACAGUUUAUUGAACCUUUACUACAUCACUUCCAAGCUUAUUUUACAAAUUAUCGUAGGAAAAAUUUGAUUGUGUUGUAUGAUACUAUCCAAACAUUUGUUGAAAAAGUCGGUGAGGCUUUGCGUUACAAUCAAAAGUUUAUGGAUUUGCUUUUACCACCAUUAAUGGAGAAAUGGCAAACUCUAAAUGAUGAUGACAAAGAUUUAUGGCCGUUGUUAGAAUGCAUGUCCUCAGUUGCAGCAUCCACUGGUGAGGCUUUUGCAAGUUGUGCUAUGCCUGUUUAUGAGCGUGCCUUGCGGAUUUUGAAUAACUGUAUUGAGCAAGACAAAAUGGCAACUAGUGAUCCAUCAUUUGUGCCACCAGAAAAGGAUUUCAUAGUGACUUCUCUAGAUUUAAUUGACGGUUUAGUUCAAGGGUUGACUCAGCAUUCUGCCGAACUGAUUAAUAGAACUGAUUCUUCUGCCAAAUACUCCUUAAUGGAGUUGGUUUUAACUUGCUUGGAUGAUAAUGUAGAUGAUGUGAGACAAUCGGCUUAUGCACUGAUUGGUGACUUUGCUAUUUACUUGUUCCCAACACUAAUUCUUCCAUAUCUUCAACCAUUAAUGAUUUCCAUUUACCAGGAAAUAGGAAAACUAAAUGAAUACUCCGUUGCAUCAUGUAACAAUGCUAUAUGGGCACUUGGCGAAAUUUCCAUUAGAUCAGAAAAUAACAUACUGGAUCAAUAUCUAGCUAACUUUUUAAGAAUCUUAGAACCUCUGGUUUUGAAUUUUGAUGCGGACAUUACGCUUCUGGAAAAUGCAGCUGUCACCAUAGGCCGAUUUGGUAUUCACUAUCCCGAUCAAACAUCAGUGAUGGCUAACGAUGUCUUAAUUGUUUGGUGUCAAUUAAUUGGAGGCUUAGAAGAUAAUGAAGAGAAGGCGAGUGCCGUCCAAGGAAUGUGCAAUAUUGUUUUAAAACAUCCUGAAAUUGUCAAUGCUUUAGGUAAUAUGCGUGCAAUUGUUGAACUAAUUGCCAAUUAUCAUGAACCAACGGUAGAGUUGGCAGAAAUUUUUAAAGUGCUUCUUACCGGAUUAAAGUCUGGAUUAGGGGCCGAAUGGGAUAGAAUCGUCUCAGGUACUGCAUAUUGUGAAACCUUAUCUCAGAGAUAUGGGGUUUGA